AUGGAUGCCACAUCCGAUGAAGCCAUGCCUGGUAUGACAACCAGCGAGAUCCGCCAAGCCCGUAGAAAGAUUCAAAACAGGGUGAAUCAGAGAGCUCUUCGAUCGAGGGUCAGGGAAAAGAAGACGGCCGACGGCAGCAUAGCACAUCCCUUCAGAGUCCAUCGCUGGCGGAUCGAUGAUGGAAAUGAUGACAUGCCAGCACUCAAGCCAAAACAAGUCCCCAAAGAAGCCAAGACAAAGUCCGCUCUGUCCAACCAGCCUGCUCUCAGGGAUCAGCCAUCACAGGCGGAAGAGCCCAACAGCGAUGAAACCCAUCCGCAUGGUGCAUUAGCCUCCAUAUCAGCUGCAACAGCCGCAGACAGGCGCUCCUCUGCCUGGAUGAAUCUGCGUUACUGCCUGCUCUCAGAGCAUCUCCUCCACCUCAUCCACUUCAACGUGCUCCGGGGCCUCUCCUACAACAAAAAGGUGCUCAGGCCAUGCGCCUUUAGCGAAUGCACCAGCACGCCAUCCAUAACUCUAAGCCACGUCCUCCCACACAUGCCAGACGAAAAAAUCCUCGCGGCCCUGCGAUUCCCCGAAAACUUGGCGCCAACAAACCUGCAACUCUCGCAUCCCCACCCUAGCUGGAUCGACGUGUUUCCCUUUCCGGAGAUGAGAGACAAUCUGAUUCGGUACGAAGGCUACUUUAGCCAUGCGGACUUUCUAACCGACCUGCUAGGAAACCUCAUUAACUGCCUGGAAGCUGCGUGUGGCUUGCCCCGAAAGAGCACCAACGCGCUGUCGGGAUCCAAGGAUGGUGAUGAUGCUCCCGAUCGCCAGGGUCUGAUUCUGUGGGGCGAGCCGUACCAGAGGGAUAGCUGGGAAAUAACUCCGGGGUUUCUGAGGAAGUGGUGUGAGGGGGGAGAGGCCGUUGCGGAUGGCUGUGCUGUCACAGUGAUAAGAAGUAGUUCAUGA